CUAAGCUGACUCAGUCCACCACAACUGUGCGGUGUUGUAAGGUGCGUCCGUUCAAACGAUGCAGUUCAAUCACGAUGAACUUUCCUCACCGGAGUGGUUAAAUGAUGAUUAUUUUCGGCACGUUUUGUGUAAGCUAGAAUGUGAUUCGAACGUUCGUCUCAUCGGUGCGUGUGUGCUCCGGCCGGGUACCAAAGCUGGCGAUCAUUUUGCAAGCGUUAUGUACCGAACGACAUUACAAUACUAUUGCACCGCGAACGUGAAGAAAACGAUCAAUCUCAUCAUGAAGAUUAAGCCGGACACAGACGGGUUCAAGAAAGAUCUGCUUGAUGGUGAUGAUUUAUUUGGCAAAGAAAUCCGGAUGUACACGGAAGUGCUGCCUCAAAUGGCAGCAGUAAUGCGAAGCAUUGGUGAGGAGUAUCAAUAUCCCAACUUGGUGUUCGCAUCUCACGAGCCUCACACGAUAAUUAUUUUGGAGGAUGUGAGCUCACAGGGAUGGACAAUGGAAGGUUUGAUAAAAAGUUGUUCCGAAUUUCUAGCCAACCAUAGAUGCAAUUGCCAAGUUCCAUGCAGCCUCUGUCUUGCUACAAGAGAAGAAUCAAUGUAUUUGCAGGAUCCUACCUUUGCGUCCCAGUAUCAGUGCACCAUUGCGAAAAUAUUAUGCUCGAUGCGAGGUAUGACGGACGGCUGUUUUCGUUCAUUUAUCUCCUUUCUUAGUGAGACGGCAGAGCUUCAAGAAUUUGUCGCCCCGAUAGAACAUUUUCACGCCAAGAUCGAUGACGUUUUGCAAGCGGCAUAUGCACCUAGUGAAACGUUUGCCAAUGUGUUGAUACACGGUGAUUUUCAUUUUAAAAAUUUGCUUCACCUACAGUCCGGUGGCAAAAUCGUCGAUACAAUUUUUGUGGACUAUCAGAUGUGCAGCUGGUGCUCGCCGGUGGUCGAUUUGUACUACCUUACCUACAUGAUACCGGAGCAAUCGGUAAAAAACGCUCAUCGUGAUGAGAUCAUUUAUCGUUACUAUCAAAAGUUUGCCAGUCUGCUACGACGGUUGAAUUAUCGUGGUUGUGUUCCUACAUUAACUGAGUUGCAGGUUGAGCUGCUAAGGAAAGCAGAAUUGGAACUCUACCAUUAUAUUGUGUUUUCUGCCUUCCUGCAUACCGAUUUAUCGAAGGUGGACUCUGAAGCAUUCUUUUUGGGACGUACAGACAACCCGGCAUUGAAAGUGAAAGAGUUUAAAGAAACGAUGAAGACCGAGUUAAGGAGAUUUCUAUACCAUGGUAUAAUAGAAAAUUUAUUCUGGCUAGCUAUCAUGUUGUGCCAUAGAGACCAGCCUGAGGCCCCGGCCUGGUUGAACGACGAGUUCUUCCGUGAUGUGAUGCGCGAAUCAAAUAACGAUUCGUCGAUCGAGCUGACCAGUGCCUGCAUUUUACGUCCUGGUACGAGCAAAAAAGAUCACUAUGGUAGUGUAAUGUUCCGGACCACCGUCACGUAUCAAUCAAAGCGCUUAGAUGAGGAAAAGUUCGUUGAUAUUAUCAUGAAAACAAAGCCUGAAGCAGACGGAUUGAUGAAAGAUCUGCUAGACGACGAUGGAUUGUUUGUGGUAGAAAUCGAGAUGUACAGCAAGGUUCUACCAGAAGUGACACGUUUGUUGAAGGAAAUAGGAGAGGAGUAUAAGUAUCCUCGAUACAUCUAUGGUACGCUAAAGCCGCACACUAUCCUUAUUUUGGAGGAUAUUAGUGGUCAAGGAUGGGUCGAGGGUGAUCUUAUCAACACGCUGGACGACAUGAAGCCGAUAGUGAAAAAUGUAGCCAUGCUCCAUGCAGCGUCCGUGAUCCUGGAAAGCUUUUACAGCAAUCUAUUGAAACGGCUGGGAUUUAAAAGAAAUAUACCAUCCCUACAAGACUUGAACAUAGAACUAAUACGAUGUGCUGGACUUGAGCUGUUCCACUAUGCGGCUUUUAUGUCAUACCGGUUCAUGGAUCAAUGUGCGAUCGAUGUUGAGGCAUUACUAAAGGGUGAACUAGAACAUCCUGUGACGAAAAAUGAAGAUUUGAAGUGGGCUACCAGCAUGGCGUACAAUCAAGACGAGCUUGAGGCUCCGGGUUGGUUGAACGAUGAGUUCUUCCGUGAUGUGAUGCGCGAAUCAAAUAACGAUCCCACGAUCGAGUUAAUCAAGCCAUGUGUUUUACGUCCGGGCACCAAUAAAGGGGACCAUUACGCUAGUGUCAUGUUCCGCACGACCGUCACGUAUCGAUCCCAGCGUUCAAGUGAAGAGAAGUCGGUCAACAUCAUCAUGAAAACGAAGCCAGAAGCAGACGGAUUGAAGAAGGAGCUUUUGGAUGACGAUAGAUUGUUUGCGAUAGAAAUUGAAAUGUACAGCAAGGUUCUUCCGGAGAUGAUAAGAAUGUUAAAAGAGAUAGGAGAAGAGUACAAAUAUCCUCGAUACAUCUUCGGUGCGUUGAAGCCUCGCACGAUUCUGAUUUUGGAAGAUAUUAGUGACCAGGGAUGGGUGAUGGCCGAUUUCAUCAGCACGUUAGACGAUAUGAAGCCAAUAGUAAAGGAUAUUGCUAUGUUUCACGCUGCGUCUGUAAUGUUGGAAAGCGCUGAUUCUACAUUUGUGGCCAGGCAUAAUUAUUCAAUCGCAGAGAAAUUUAUGGGCUUCAAAGGUAUGAUCACGAAGGGCUUUGGGGAUCUGAUGCACCUCACACAGACGUGUUCAGAGUUUGCACAUUUUGCAAGGCCGUUAGGUCGUUUCCAGGAAAAUUUGCAUAAUUUCUUCACUGCAUUAUAUAUCCCUUCAAAAACAAUCCAAAACGUGUUGAUACAUGGAGAUUUUCAUAGUAAAAACAUGCUGCAUCAAGUCGAUGUUGAAGGACGACACACCAAUACAAUACUGCUUGAUUAUCAGAUUUGUUGCUGGACCAGUCCGGCGGUUGAUUUGUACUAUCUGCUAGAUAUGAUACCGACUCAAGAGGUCAAGGACAAAUAUCGUUCAGAGUUGAUAUAUAUGUAUUAUCAACAGUACAGUGAUUUACUGAAGCGGCUAGGAUAUGCGGGUAAAAUACCGUCCUUGCUGGAUCUGCAGAUAGAGCUUCUACGAUAUGCUGGACUAGAGAUAUUCCACUACGCAAUGUUCAGUUCGUUUCGGUACAUGGAUCAAACAGCGAUUGAUAUAGAGGCAUACUUGAAGGGAGAGCUUGAAAAUCCUGCUUUCAACAAUCCAGAGUUCAAGAAGCUUAUGCAUAGCGAGCUAACGCGCUUCCUACAUCAAGGAACAUUAUCGUGAAUGAAUGAUAAUCAAGGUGUUGGGUCGUGAAUAAAAAAGCUACUUCAUGUGUGAUUUGAAGUACUAGUGUGCGAAAA